AUGGCUACACUACAUCAUUUGAUGAGGCCCCUGAGCCCUAACCCAGAGGUGGCAAUCGAGUCCAUUGCAGAUCUGCUAGCUAAUGGAGCGAUAAAGCAAUGGAGAUCAGAAGGCAAAGGAGUAGCUAUUUAUCUGGAUGACGGGCUCAUUUGGGCUUCUUGCAGGAACGAAUGCAACGAAUUGUCUCAAAGUGUCAGAAAAGAUCUCAAGGACUUCGGAUGGUUCGAAGCAAAAGAAAAAUCCAACUGGGAUCCGCAUUCAAAAUUUCGAGAUCUCGAUCUCACUGAAAGGAUAGAGAGAGCUUCCUCUAUACUUCAGCGCAUGUUACGUGAAAAAGCUCCAUCUUUGCUCACAAGAAUGAGAUGGGAAGGAUCCUUGGCUUCCAUGAAUUUAGUGAUUUCAGAUAAGGACAAGAGGCGAACCAGAGCCAUGACGACGGCCAUAGCAGAGGCCCAAUCUAGUGAGUUUUCGUUGAGUUAUAGAUGGUCAUUGUCAGCACUAGAAAAACGAGACAUAGUUUUCUGGGUGGAUCGAUUGAAAUCAGUGAAU